AUGUCACGUCCUGAGGAGAUCGCGCCGCCCGAGGUGUUUUACGGCGAUGUUGAGGCUAAGAAGUACACGGGCAACACCCGCGUGAAGGACAUCCAGGCGCGAAUGACCGAUCGUGCACUCGAACUCCUUCAGCUUCCCCCCGGAGAGUCGCAGUUUCUCCUCGACAUUGGGUGCGGAAGCGGUCUGAGCGGCGAGAUUUUGGACGAGGACGGGCACAUUUGGGUUGGCGUCGAUAUUUCGCCCAGCAUGCUUGAGGUGGCUGUUGAGCGUGAGGUCGAGGGUGACCUGUUCCUCCAGGACAUUGGGCAAGGCUUCGGCUUCCGCCCAGGAACCUUUGACGGCGCGAUCUCCAUCUCGGUGCUGCAGUGGCUCCUAAACGCAGACACGAACACGCACUCUCCGCCUCAGCGACUUACGCGCUUCUUCACAACGCUGCACUCGGCCUUGAAGAAUCCGUCGCGCGCAGUGUUCCAGUUCUACCCCAACUCCGACGACCAGGUGCAGCUCAUCACGCAGUGCGCACAGCGCGCCGGUUUCGGAGGUGGCAUCGUCGUCGACUACCCUAACUCGAAGAAGGCACGCAAGAUGUACCUCUGUCUCAUGGUUGGGCAGCAGGAGAUCCCCAAGGGCAUCGAGGCGGAACACGAGGUCGAUUCGAGCGCGAGGCGCAAAUCGAUCCAGAACGAGCGGCGCCGGAAGCGCGAGGCGUCUCGCAAGAAGGCGAAGGGGACAAAGGGGCUCACCGGCAAGGAAUGGGUGCUCAAGAAGAAGGAGCUGUACCGCACCCGCGGCAAGGAGGCUGUGCCUCGAGACUCCAAGUACACUGCGCGCAAGCGUCGUGUGCAGUUCUGA